CACCCUCUCUCUCCGCGGUGUCUGUGUCCCUGCGUUCUCUUAAAUGCCUUGCCCAUAUUCUCUCCUUCGUUCUCUCAGUUCUCACCCUGUCCUGACCUCUCUUCCCCUCUUUGCUCUGUUCCCCCUUCGCUCUCUCUCUCUCUCUCUCUCUCUGAAGCGCUGAUUGGGAGUCAAAGGAGAACCGACAGACAAAGAGUGGAAGCACAGACUAGUUUUGACCAAUGCGGGUGUCUGCUAAUUCGAAGCCAUUAAGGGGGUGAAUGGAAGUGUCGUCUGUUCUGUUGAUGGCUGAAGCUUAGGUAAAGGGCUCGGAGACCUUUUGCAAUCAAUUCUGCUUUCCUUCCUAGACGAAUCUGUCACCCUGUCCUGGAGGAGGAAGAAGAAGAAGAAGAAGACAAGAACAGAGGCCGCAGGAAUAAUGAUCAUGAUGAGGAGAAGACUCAUUUGCUGCACACGAGACAGAAAAAUUAGCUUCGACUUCGAUGAGCAAGACAGAGUAAUGACAUACAAUGGCCUUGAGACUUGCAUCCUUAACAACCAGUCCUAUGAAAACGAGAGCAGGGCGAGCAGGGCAAGCUGGGAGGACGGGUUCCCCACUGAUUUAUUGGACGAGGAUGACUCGAGCUGUUCUUCCAGCAAAGAUGCCUUUGGUUCAUUCUCAUCGAAGUGGCUGAGCCUUAAGAGGGACAAUCAUGACCGGGAGGAUGACUGGGACCUCGCAGGAAGCUCCCAGCAUUUCUAUGUCAAGGAGAAGCCAGCCCACUUGAUUAAAUCUUCUGAUGUCGAGACGAUGAAGGAGAAGUUUGCGAAGCUGUUGCUGGGCGAUGAUAUCACGGGAGGAAAGAAUGGGCUAAGCACUGCACUCGCCCUGUCGAAUGCUAUCUCGAAUCUAGCAGCAUCAAUUUUUGGGGAAUUGUGGAAGCUUGAACCUCUGUCUGAAGAGAGGAAGAGCAAAUGGAGGAGAGAGAUGGACUGGCUCCUGUCUCCGACGAACUAUAUGAUCGAGCUUGUCCCUGCCAAGCAGAGUGGUGCAAAUGGCUGCACUUUGGAGAUCAUGACUCCAAAAGCCCGUGCAGACAUCCACUUGAACCUUCCUGCACUGCAGAAGUUGGACUCUAUGCUUAUUGAGGCUCUGGACUCGAUGGUAAACAACGAGUUCUGGUACGCUGAGGGGGGAAGCCGAGCAGAAGGAAGGAGCAAGGCCGAAAGGCCAAGUAAGCGGUGGUGGCUUCCAUCUCCUCAGGUCCCACGUUUGGGCCUUUCUGAAAGUGGAAGGAAGAAACUGAUGCAUCAGGGGAGGAUCAUCCACCAAGUGCUGAAGGCAGCAAAGUCCAUUAACGAGAAUGUUCUGCUCGAGAUGCCUGUUCCAACCAUCAUUAGGGAUGCGCUGCCUAAGUCGGGAAGGGCAAAUUUGAGUGAUGAGCUGUAUAAGGUCUUGACUUCGGAACCAAGCUCACCCGAAGAAAUGCUGAAGUCUCUGAACUUAAAGUCAGAGCACAAUGCCCUUGAUUGCAUCAAUCGGUUGGAGGCUGCGGUGUUUGCUUGGAAAGAGAAGAUCAUGGGACAAGUGAGUGGCAAGUCCCCGAUCAGGACGUCAUGGUCGUUCAUUAAGGAUCCCAUGUCUGAGCUUGAUAAGACUGAGUCACUCUUAGACCGAGCAGAGAUCCUCAUUCAGCAUAUCAAGUACAAGUACCCAAACCUUCCUCAGACAUUUCUUGAUGCCACGAAGAUCCAAUAUGGAAAGGAUGUCGGGCAUGCAAUUCUAGAGGCAUAUUCCCGAGUUAUUGGGACUGUAGCAUUCAGCAUACUCUCUAGGAUACGAGACAUACUGCAAGAGGAUGCUUUGAGCAAUCCAAACUCGCCGGCAGUAUCAUGCUGCUUUCCCGGGAUAAGGUGCAGCGAUUUCUUGGAGAGCCCUGGGAUCAGUCACCGGGUUAGGCACUCUCUGAUGGAUCAAAUGAAUAAAGCAGACAGACGGUUCAGUGACCCCUUCACGAACAGCACAUCCGACUCGGAGACUUCAUCUAGUGAGCCAAAGACGAGCUCUGUGGCAACGACACCGAGUCGUAGUCGGGUCUGGUGUAUCGGGAAAGACGCUCGUGUUAGUGGUUCCCCCAGGAGUCCUCCUUGAUGGGCUACUACGAGGAGUUUUAUUGUAUAUGACUUUUGUUUAUGCAUGAUCAGAUAUGGAAGUAAUUUUGACUGUGCCUUACAUCAGAUGGUACUCUAGAUCAUCACGUGUGAUCCUUAAACGAGCGAGGAAGAAUUUGUACGCAA